GUCGCAUAGUCUUCAUCAUUCAUCACCGCUGCAAAUCGUCAAUCUCUCCAACUACGACACGAUACACUUUCUUACCCAACCAACAAUCCAAACACCUAAAUUCUAAGCUCCGAUCAUCCCACACCAAUACCGCCAAAAUGCCGAAAGCAGAAUUCGGAUCGACGAAAUACCUAAACAAUAAAAUGAAAUCGAAGGGAUUACAACGACUUCGAUGGUACUGUCAAAUAUGCGAAAAGCAAUGUAGGGACGCCAAUGCAUUCAAGAUGCACACCCAAAGCGAGUCUCACACGAGGAAGAUGCUGCUAGUUGGCGAGGAUGCGAAGAAGUAUAUCGACGACUUUAGCAACCAGUUCCUCAAAGAUUUCUUACAGCUACUACGAACGUCUCACGGAGAGAAGCAAGUGCAGAUCAACCACUUUUACCAGAACUACAUCGCCAACAAAGAGCAUGUCCACAUGAAUGCUACCAAAUGGCACUCUCUUACCGAGUUCGCAAAGCACCUGGGAAGAGAAGGAAUUUGCAGAGUCGAGGAGAAUGAUAAGGGAAUUCAUAUCGCAUGGAUAGACGACUCCCCGGAUGCCUUACGCCGAAAAGAGGCGGUGCGGAGGAAGGAGAUGCAAGAUAAAGGCGACGAAGAGCGCGAACACAUGUUAAUCAGGGAACAGAUCAAGCGCGCGAAGAGGGAAGCGGGUGAGCAAAACGAGGACGAGGUCGACAAUUCGGAAGGCAAAGAGCUUAAGAGACAGGAAGGAGAGAAAAUCAAGCUCUCCUUUGGCGUCAAACCCGCUAUCCAACCAGCACCAACAUCCUCUCCAGAUAAAUCCACCCCAGAGACAUCAGCGUCGCCGCCAAAAGACGCAGAGAAGAAAGAGGAGCCAACAGCUACACAAGAACAACCUUCCACGACCCCGAAACCUGCCGCCGCGCCCAUUUCGCUUAAAAUGGCAGCCAAGCCUCAGCCCAAGAACGUCUUCGCAGCUGCGAAAAAGAACGCGCUCGCAGGGGCGCCGAAGAAAGCACCGGCUUUUGGAGAGCCGAAGAAGAUGAGCGAAGCUGAGCGUAUCAUGAAGGAGGAGAUUGAGAGGAAGAGGGCUCGGGAGAGUUCGGGUAGGGAUGGGGGUUCUAAUAAACGCCAGAGAAAUUGAAGUAUACUGGUUUUUGGAGAGGGUCUUUAGGCUCUUUAGGGUUUUUUUUUCUUCUUAAAGCAGCAUUGCGAUAGGCGUUAAGGUAUACCAUCCGUUGAGGUUUGAUAAGGGCAUAUGGAAAUUGGUAUGGGCGCUUAGGGCGGCUAUUUAUUCAAGAGAAUAAUAGUGUAGUCGUCAACUUUCAAAAUGAGACGUUCGGCUGGUCCUACUAGGCUAGGAUAGGACUUGAGAACAGUUCUAGUUUUAUGCGUG